GACUUUAGGACCCAGCAGAGAAGCCGCCUGCUUGAAUUUCCCGGCCUGCAGAUUUGUAAUGUAGCGACAGUAUCUGUCAGCAGAGGCCCCACACGCCUUCACACACUCUCUCACUCACUCAUGGCCCAACACUGAAAUCUGCAACUCUCACAUGGACAGCAUCGCCAGCGGAAUGGAGUCAAAAGCCACCAAAUCAAUGGAGGUGUUGGUGAGUGAGCUCGGUGCACUGCUGAAGAUGCUGGACCAGGAGAACCUCAGCUCCACUACACAAGAGAAGAAGACCUGCGUGUGGAACCUCCUGCAGCAGAUACAACCAUCAGUUGCGGGAACAGACUACAUCUACAUGAACUCAUCGGUCUACAGAAACGGGACCAGCUUUGUGGAGUCUCUCUUUGAAACAUUCGACUGUGAGAUAGGAGAUCUAAAGGAUGUUACAGAUGAUCUAAAAGAAGACAAAAACCUACAAAUGGACACUUUAAAACAGGAGAGCUGCACAGACUCCCAAGCCUCACCCUCAGCUGACUCCUCUCCCCCACCUCUGCCCACCACACCUCCCCCCGAGGAGUACUACGAGGAGGCAGUGCCGCUCAGCCCUGGCAAGAUGCCUGAGUACAUCAUCACUCGAGUAAGGCACAGCCCUCCAAACUCUAUUGAGGAUGGAUAUGAAGAUGCUGACAACUACCCGACUACCUGCAUUAACUCACACCGCAAAAACUCAUACAACGACUCCGAUGCUCUGAGCAGCUCCUAUGAGUCCUAUGAGGAGGACGAAGAAGAGAGGAGCCCCAGUGUCCAACUGACUCAUCAAUGGCCCUCUGAUGAGAGUUCCAUGCCCCCUGCCAGAGACUGUCGCAUCUGUGCCUUCCUGCUGCGCAAGAAACGUUUCGGCCAAUGGGCGAAGCAGCUCACCGUCAUACGAGAGAACAGACUACAGUGCUACAAGAGCUCCAAGGACACAUGCCCCUAUGUGGAUCUGCUGCUGCCUCAGUGUGCUGUGGUUUAUGCCCCUAAAGACAGCAAAAGGAAGCACCAUGAGCUGCGCUUCACCUUACCUAAUGGAGAUGCACUGGUGCUGGCAGUGCAGAGCAAAGAGCAGGCCCACAGAUGGCUCAGGGUUGUCAGAGAGGUGAGUAGUCCAAACACCGGGCCUGAGGAAUCUGCAUCCCCCGUCAUUCAAAGAAAAACUGAACUUGACAAGAGAUUAUCUGCAGAGAGGAACACUUCAGAUUCAGACAGUGUGGGCGUGUCAACUGGAGAGAACUGCAGAGAGAACGGCAAAGUAAAACGGGGUGCUUUUGCCGCUGGUCGUAAAAUAACACGCAUCAUCAGCUUCUCCAAGAAGAAGACUCCUCGUCCUGGAGAUCCCCAGACAUCUUUCAUUGAUCCUCGACAAGGCUACCUGUCUGUGCUGGUGAACCAGGUGUGGAGGGAACAAUGGUGUUGUGUAUGUCGAGGCUCCCUGCACUUUUACAAUGACAAAGGAGAUCUUCGAACCUCCCUGCCUUCACUCCCGCUCCAUGGCUGUGAGGUGGUCCCCGGGCUGGGGCCCAGACAUCCCUUUGCCUUUAGAAUACUGAGGAGCAGCAAUGAGGUGGCUGCUCUGGAGGCUAGCAGUUCUGCAGAACUUGGAAGGUGGCUUGGUGUCCUCUUGGCAGAAACAGGCUCCACGACAGACCCAGAGUCACUGCAUUAUGACUACGUUGACGUAGAGACCAUCGCUAACAUCCGUGACGCUGCAAGGCAUUCCUUCCUGUGGGUCACAUCCUCCACUGAAUGCAGAACGUAUGAUGAGGUCCCCAAUGAGGACAUGCAGUCAGGGGAGAACCACAGACAGCAGUGUGGGAAUCAAGUGAAGCGGCGCUCAAGUUUCUCCAGCAGUGAUUCUGACAGAGUCAAGCCUCUAGUCUCCCUCAAACGAACAGGCUCAAAUGCCAACCAGUAUGGACUGUAUGGGAAAACACGAGCUGAGGAGGAUGCUAAGCGUUACCUGAAAGAGAAGGAGGAGCUGGAAAGACAGAGGGAUGGGAUACGAAAUGCACUGGUGACCAUGCGAAAGGAGAGGAGAGAGCUGAAGGAAGAGCUGAAGACUUCUUCUGACAGAAGAAAGCCUGUCCUGAACAAGCGUGUCUCUGAGCUCGAUGAUGCCUGCAAAGCUAAAGAGGCAGAUAGAGUGGACCUGGAGCUGCGGUUAACCCAGGUUCAAGAAAACCUCAAAAAGAGCCAGGCGGGUGGAGUGCUGGGUGCUCCUGUUGAUGCUAAACCACCUAUUAAGGGCUCUAACAAAAAGAAACAGAAUAUCUACAGUGACUCUUUACCUGUAAACUGUGCUUUGGAGAUGCGCAGGAGGCCUCCUUCUGUUUAUGCUUCAUCUGGAACUGUCAUGCAGAAGGCAAAGGAGUGGGAGACCAAGAAAGGAACCUAAGAGCAUUAAGACGGCAAGGACUGAAAACACAAUGAUUGGCUGUCAGGAACAGACUUGUGUGACACCCAGUCCCUCUCAGACUGAUCCUCUCUGACAUCCCAAAGCUCGGAGAAAACAAACUGUAAUGAAUGAAAUUGGCCACGGGGUGGAGGUACAUGUCAGUGAAUAUUUACUCCCCUGUCUUCUUUAAAAGGACUACUCCUUGUGUGAGGAAUAGAACGACUGCUUCCUGUCUGUAUCUUAGUAUUUCCAUUGUAUUUGGUGAAACAGAUUGAAAUGUGGCAAUCAGAAAGAGAAAGCAGAGUUUGUAAAAGAAAGAGAAGAAAAGUGUGUUGAAAAGCGGUAUUGAAUGCCUGGAUGCAGUUUUGUGUAAGAAGUGCAGCAGGGGAUUGUGUUCUCAUCCUGUGUUGCAUAAAGCAAAAUGUUAAGACGUGAGAAAUGUGGACAAAGAGAGGAUGUAAGCAGUGGGUCUCAAUGUGCCUUCUUCAUAUAAGAUAUUCUUUUUCUGCUUGUACGUAGUGAGCCAUGACUACUGUUAUAUAUGUCCUGAAUGUUUAUACCUUCGUACUGUUCAAGGUUUCAUGUCUCAUCAUCACUCUGCUCCAGUAUACUGUAUGUGCCAUGGAGGGCCAAGUGUGCUCUGUAGCUUCUCCUCACAGGUUGUACCUGUGCAAUGCUACACAGCAGAAACAUCUGAGCAAAGUCAUUUGGCUGUGCAUCUAAAACCAGCACAUCCAGUGAUUAAAGCUGGGGUUGGUAAUCAGAUUUCGUUUUGGAGGAGCUCUGAGGGAGGAGGGGAGGGGUUAGAGGGAGUCCUGAGGAAAUGCUACAUUCAAAUUCAUGCUAGUUUUCCGAGACUGCCAAACCCAGCUUUAAGUAAUUAACAAAGUGGUGCUAUUCGAUGACAUUCCAAUGUUUUCAGUGUAAGAAAAUCUCUUCUUCAUGGUUUUUAAAUACAUUUUAUGCAGAACCUGUGGUUAACUUUUGCACUUUACUGUUCCGCUACCUGGAUGAGGGAAUAAUAAAUGUGUUUUGUUCUCAA